UAUAAUACUACAAACAAAACUCAUAAACAAAUAUAAUAGUAUUUUUUUUCUCUAUUUUAGUACUUUAAAACAAGACAAAAAUGUCAAUUGUAAGAGAACCUCGUUCUAUUGCUAGAAAAUUUUUGGCAAGGCCUCAACAAGAAGGACUUGGAGCUGUUGUUAGAAGAAGCAUUGGAAGGUUUGAGAUAAGAUACUUUGAUCCAUUCAUUGUUUUGGAUGAAUUCUCAGUUUCUGCUCCAGCUGGAUUUCCUGAUCAUCCACAUAGAGGCUUUGAAACUGUCACCUACAUGUUGCAGGGAGCUGUGACACAUGAGGAUUUUGAUGGACACAAAGGCACAAUUAAAGCAGGUGAUUUACAAUGGAUGACAGCAGGAAGAGGAGUAGUUCAUUCAGAAAUGCCAGCUGCUGAGGGAAUUCAAAAAGGUUUACAAUUAUGGAUCAACCUUUCCUCUCAACACAAAAUGAUACAACCAAGAUAUCAAGAGAUAUCAAGUGCAAACAUAUCAGAAGCAACAAAAGAUGGAGUUAAAGUGAGAGUUAUAGCAGGAGAAGCACUAGGAAUAAAAUCAACUAUACACACAAAAACUCCAACAAUAUAUUUGGACUUUACUCUAAAACCAGGAUCCCAAAUUCAACAACCAAUUCCCAAAUCAUAUAAUUCAUUUGUAUAUAUUUUAGAAGGUGAAGGUAUUUUUGGUCAAGAUUCAAGAACAAAUUCACCUAUAUCUUCACAUAAUUUGUUGCUUUUAAGUGGAUUUGGUGAUGGAAUUGUGGCAUAUAACAAAGGGACAAAAAUUCUAAGGUUUAUAUUAGUAGGUGGAGAGCCAUUGGGUGAACCAAUAGCACAAUUAGGACCUUUUGUGAUGAAUACUCAAGAAGAAAUUGAUCAAACUAUCGAGGAUUUUGAGAAUCAUACUAAUGGUUUUGAGAAAGCUAGGUAUUGGAGAUCUCAAGCUAGAGUUGAGCUUGGUUAUUAAUUAUUGAUAAGUCGGAAUUUACAGAUUCGACUGAUUCAUAUUCUCAUCGCAUUUGGAUCACGAAAAGCAUUGUAUAUCAUAUAUAUGCAAAGUAUAUAUCAUUUUAUUCUUAUCAUAAAUAGUAAAAUUUUUAAGGUUA